AUGGAUUUAAUUCUGACUGUGGACAAUGCCGAUGAUUUCUCCGAGAAUUUCUAUGUGAUGCUUGCUAUGUUCGUAUCAUGCUGUAAGAUGUUCAGUUUAUUGAGAAAUCGUAACAACAUUGCGAUGCUGAUUGAUAUUCUGAUGAAAAAACCAUGUAAGCCUAUUGAACAUGAUGAAAUAGAAAUUCGACAGAAAUUUGACAAGAUUGUACAAACAAACACGCUUUGCUACGCGACUUUAGUAGAACUAACAUGUGCGUUUGCAGUAGGAACAUCUAUGUUUAAAGACUACAGAAAACACAAUCUAGCUUUCCGAGCAUGGUUACCAUUUAACUAUUCUUCGCCAAUGUUAUUUCGGAUCGCUUACUUUCAUCAAUCGAUAAGCUUGACCGCUGGAUCGAUUCUUCACCUCGCUUGCGACAGUCUAAUUUGCGGAUUAUUGAUGCACAUUUGCUCCCAGUUGGAAAUAUUGGAAUGUCGUUUGAAAAAAAUUAUCAAUAAGCCACAUAUUUUUCGGGAAUGUGUCAUACAGCAUACAUGCAUUUUCGAAUUUGCAUUAAUAGCAAAUGAAAAAUUUAGAUUAACAAUCACCGUCCAGUUCUUAGUGAGUAUGUUAGUAGUAUGCUUCAAUCUGCAUCACUUGACGCAGACGAGUGUGUUAAGUGCGAAAUAUGUUCAAAUAGUAUUAUAUAUGUUUUGCAUGCUGACACAAAUCUCUUUUUAUUGCUGGUACGGAAACGAAGUUAAGUUGAAGAGUCGACAACUGGUCAGCAAUAUAUUUGAAAUGGAAUGGUUUGUGUUGGAUUAUCGUGUGCAAAAAGAUUUGUCAAUAAUUAUGAUGCGUAGUAUCGUACCUAUUGAGUUCACCAGUGCUUAUGUUAUCUCUAUGAAUCUUCAAUCAUUUGUCAGUUUGCUCAAGACGUCAUAUUCUGCUUUCAAUAUACUUCAACAAAUGCGAUAA